AUGGGUGGUUGUUUGGGUGCUUGCGGUGGCGAGUGGCCAAGAGGAGGGCUUGCGGUGGCUGCUAACGGGAGGUGGUGGCUGCGAGUGGUGGGUGAGGUCGGAACAGGGGCUAUGGGGGGGGGGGGUGUUAAGUUCGAAGGCAUGGCGAUAGUUGGUGGUGGCUUGCGGGUGGCGCGGAGAGGCGGCAAAUGGGUGGCUGGCCGGGAAAGGGGGCAUGGUUGUGAGGGAAAGAGAUGGCGGCACAGUGAAGGUGAAGGCAGGGAGGAGGGGCUGGUGGACGAGAGUGAAGCGUGUGUGAGUGGAGGGGGAACCGAGGGGCUGAUGGAAGAGAGGAGUGAAGAAGGUAGAGUGAGUGAAUAG